AUGACCAAAAUGGCCCAAAGCAUGUUUCUGAUUGUGACAACCAGUGAGACAAUUCUGGGCAUUUGCUGUAAUGGCUUUAUCUGGUUAGUGAAUUGCAUCAGUUUGGCCAAGAGCAAGAAAAUGUCUUUGUCUGAAUUUGUCAUUACCAGCCUGGCCAUCUCCAGGAUUUGUUUGCUUUGCAUACUCAUAGCUGAUGUUUUCCUGCUCUUCUAUACCGAUUUCAAUGAAACAAGCACAGUAAUGCAAAUAAUUUCUAUAUUGUGGACUUUUGCUAACUUCUUAAGCAUCUCCUUGGCCACCUGCCUCAGUAUCUUCUACUGCCUGAAGAUUGCCAAUUUCUCCCACCGUGCCUUCCUUUGGCUCAAGUGGAGGGUUUCCCAUGUGGUUAGAUGGAUUCUGAUGGCCUCUGUGCUCUUCUCUUUCUUUGGUACAUUCAUAUUGAUUAAAGAAUUUGAUGUUACUCAUAGUUACAGACAAAUGACACCCACAGCAAAUUGCACUGAAGACAUUAGGGAAAAGAAGAGUGUUAAUUUUGUCACGUAUAUCUUUACUGCCCUCUGGAUGAUCAUGCCCUUUAUUGCAUCCUUGAUUUCUUAUGUUCUCAGCAUCCUCUCCCUGAGAAGACACACCCAGCAGAUGCAGAACAAUGGCACUGGCUCCAGAGACCCAAGCACUGAGGCUCAUGUGAGAGCAACCAAAAUCAUCCUCUCUUUCCUCUUCCUCUUCAUUGUGUAUUUGGUUGCCUUUUUUAUCAUUCUGUUAGGUGUUUUUAUGCCAGACGCUAAUUUGGCUUGGAUAACUGGGGAGAUGAUUUUAGCUGCCCACCCUUCCAUACACUCAAUCCUCCUCAUUGUGAGCAAUAACAAGUUGAAACAGGCAUUCCUGAGGAUGUUCCAGAUAAAGAAGUAG